AGUUCAUCCCUUAGAAUAGUUUUAAGAGAUCUGUUGUACGUCAUGUCUUCACAAAUCGAUAAUUAGGGAAAUUCAAAAAUUAUCGUACUUUAGGUUCCGGAAUCUAUGUUCUAAAAUUCAGAAGAAAGGUUAUCCAAGUGUCAAAAUUUCAAAUGUAUUCAAAAAUUUCAAAGCAUUCAAUUUGCUGAUAGAUAAUUUCCCAAAUGAUAUAAAAUGGAUUUAUUGGAAUUCCAGGAUUUGAAACCUGUACCUGACAUUGUACAUACAUAUACAUCUUCCUUGAGAAAUAAUUCCACACCUAUAAUAAUUGAUAAUGGUUCAUACCAGUGUCGCGUUGGUUGGGCUACGAAUUCUGAACCAUUAUUAGUAUUCAAAAAUUUGAUUGCGAAGCUGAGAAAAGAACGCUAUAAAAAAGAAAAUUCAGAUACUUCUCAAAUACCUCUGAUUCAAGUUGGAAAUGAUAUAGUAAACAUUGAAGCAGUAAGAUUUCAGCUCAAGUCUCAGUUUGAUAAAAAUAUCGUAACCCAUUUCGAAGCCCAGGAACAGUUAUUUGAUUAUGCAUUCUCUCAUUUAGGAAUUGAUACAGACAAUAUAGCUCAUCCAAUUGUUCUAACAGAGGCAUUUUUAAAUCCCAAUUCAUCUAGACAAUAUAUGACAGAGCUGUUAUUUGAAUGUUAUAAUGUGCCUGGAUUAUCAUAUGGUGUAGAUUCACUAUUUGGUCGAUUUUUUUCUGACCCUCAGCAAGAGAAUGCUUUAAUUGUAAGUCUUGGAUAUCAUACUUGUCAUGUUAUUCCAGUUUUGAAACACAGUGCAAUUUUUGAUAAUGUGAGGAGGCUGAAUACAGGAGGGCAACAUGUUAUUACAUUUUUACAUAGAAUAUUACAGCUGAAGUAUCCUGCUCACUCUACUAGUAUAACACUCAGUAGGGUAGAAGAAUUACUGCACACAAUAUGUGAAGUUGCUUUGGAUUAUAGGUCAGAGUUGAACAGAUGGUUGGAUACUGAUUACUAUGAGAAUAAUAUCAAAAAAAUUCAGUUACCAUACACUUGUAACGUACCAUCUACCCUCACAUUAGAACAACAGAAAGAAAGGAAAAAGGAACUUGCACGUAGGUUGACCGAGAUAAAUGCAAGAAAAAGGGAAGAAAGACUAGCUGAGGACGAAGAUAAAUUGUCGCAGUUAUUACAUAUACAAGAAAAAUACGAAAUUGGUAUAGAUGGAGAUGAAUUGGACAAUGCCCUAGCAGAUUUUCAAUUGAAAAAUGUGCAAGAUCUCCAGAAAACGAUCACGAAUCUAUCGAUGAGAAUCGAAAAAACAAAAAUAAAGAUGAAAACAACGAAGUUCUCUGAAGAAACAGAGGAACCUCCUGCAAAGCAGUCAAAAUCAAAUAAAAUAAUUUUUGAGAAUGAGAAAGACUUGAAUGAGUAUCUUCAGAAUAUUAAGAAAUCUAGGCAAGAUAUACUGAAUAGAAAACUGUUGAGAAAACAGAAAAAACAGGAUAUGGCAAAGAGAAGAACAGCCGCUGGACAAGAAAGGAUGCGAAUUAUUUCGCAAUUAGCUAGAAAAGAAAAAGGAAAUGAUGAUUUUGGAUUGAGAGACGAAGAUUGGGAUAUAUAUAAAACAAUUAGUAAAGAUGGAGGGGACACAGACAGUGAUGCUGAAAAUGAGAAGCUGUUAGAACUGGAGGAAAUCAUAAGGGAAUACGAACCCAAUGACUUGGAAGUUGUGAAUCCCGGCGAAACUUACCAGUUACAUGUUGGAAUUGAGCGUUUCAGAGCACCUGAACUCCUGUUCAAACCUUACAUGCUGGGUUCUUCUGAAGCCGGACUUUCUGAAGUUAUUGCUUACGUUCUUUCACUCUUCAAACCGGAAGAUCAGUUACUCCUAGCAUCUAAUGUGAUAAUUAUUGGCGGAUUGUCUUCAUUGAAAGGGCUGAGAGAAAGAGUUCUCAGCGAUCUGAUUUCCGUAAGACCGUUCAGAUCUAAAGUGAAUGUGAAGGUAGCAAAGAACAUUGGUUUAACAUCAUGGUAUGGUGCGAAAAAAUGGUCCAAACAUCCGGAAUUCAAGAAAAAAUUAUUGACACGUCAAAUGUACGAGGAGUUUGGUUCUGAAUAUUUCGUAACACACCCAUAUUCGAAUCCUUUCUACAAGACUCCAAAGGGGCAAACUAUUGAUGUGGAAACUUGAGACAAUUUUAGGUUUUCUUCAUUUGACAUUUUGUAAUUUUAUUUCAGCAAUUUAUUUAUUACAUUACAACUUGUACAGAGAUUUUUGUGCUGUAUAUGUGGUUAUCAAUAAAUCGAAACAUGAUUUCUUCUU